CUAGCGUCCCAACGGCAUAACCCACUACUACUACUAUACACAGACUAAAUACGACUAUACACAAAACACAACACUAACAAAUAUUUAACCUGGGAAAAAACAACAAGAGGAGUAGUAGUGGUACCGUUUCAACAGCAGGCAGGAGCAGCGUUCCAAAGCCAAGCGAUUAACGACGACGCGAAAACUACCGCAUCGUUGUCAUUAUACAUCCUCAAAUUAACAUUUACCAUCGUUUUUUUAACCGUCAAUCAUGUCGACCAAAAGAAAAAAUACUUCAACCAGUAAAAAGCCCAAAAGUAAGGCUAAGAAAGUUGAAUACGACGAGGAGGACGAAAUUUCCAGUCCGUCUGAUCUUGAGGAUGCUGACGCCGGCUCUAAUGCUGACGGGGCUGAAGACGCCGCCGCUGAGGAAGAUCUCACUGAUGUUUCCAGUAUCCCGGAACUGAGAGCUCCUGAGGGAGGAUGGGGCAAACCUGGUACUCUGGUGAUGUGUGGUUUGACUAACUGGGAAAUGGCUGGUCGCAAAGCACCGCCAAAAGGUGUGAAAGCUAACGUCGGAAGAAGCCUUUGGUCGCCGCAUACGUUCAAGAACCUCAACGGAUCUCGAGUGAGACUGAUUGCUUCAGGACCUUCGUCAGCACACAACGUAAUUGUCACUGAAGACAAUAGAUGUUUGGUGUUUGGAAAAAAUGACAAAGGACAAUUGGGACUUGGAGACGUGAAGAGACGCGAUGAUCCAACCGAAGUAGAAGCCCUUAAAGGACACACGGUGAUCGCAGCAGCGUGUGGACGCAAUCACACUUUGUUUUUAACUAGUCGUGGUAUAGUUUUCGGAGCUGGUGACAAUAAACUGGGUCAAUGUGGAGUUGGAAAGUCCGACGCUACUAUACUUACUGCUACAAAGGUUAAAUACACCGGAGCGCCUAUUGUCAAAGUCGGUUGCGGAGCAGAAUUUUCGAUGAUUUUGGACAUCAAGGGUGGCCUUCACUCGUUUGGAACCCCCGAGUAUGGAGCACUUGGCCACAAUACCGACGGAAAGUACUUUAUAACAAACUCAAAAAUGGCUUUCCAUUUUGAAAAAGUACCUAAGAGGAUCGUUCUUUACGUGGAGAAGAGCAAGGACGGUCAUGUGAUACCACUAGACCGAGUUGAAAUUUCAGACUUUAGCUGCGGUUACCAUCACACUGUCGCUAUUGACAGCAAGAGCCGGGCAUUCUCUUGGGGAUUCGGUGGAGUCGGACGUUUGGGACACAAUGAGCAGCGUGACGAGUUGGUACCACGUCUUAUAAAAUUCCUAGAGCCUCCCAGCCGUGGUGUCAGGUCCGUCCAUUGCGGUAGUACUUACAGUAUUGCUAUCAAUGUUCAUGGCUCCGCUCUGAUGUUCGGUCAGACUAAACGAACUGGAGAAGCCAACAUGUAUCCAAAGCCUAUUCCUGAUCUGUCCGGCUGGGAGAUCCGAUGCGUAGGUGUCUCGCAAACCAGCGUUGUCGUCGCUGCUGAUGAGUCGGUCAUCGCCUGGGGCGCUAGUCCUACUUAUGGUGAACUCGGCUUCGGGGACAUGCGAAAAUCCUCGACGACGCCAAUGGAGGUCAAGGCGCUGGAAGGCCUCUACAUAACUGCUAUUACUUGCGGACUUUCUCACACGAUGAUGAUUUGUAGAGACGAGUCUGAAGAAGAAAAAGCUAAAAUAGCAGAACUCGCGGUAUACUCGGUUUAAGGUGAUUAUUGUCUCAGAAACUCUCACAUUUUUUAAAUUCUUUUAUCUUUUUAUAAUUAUUUUUUAUUUUCUGGCAUUAAAUAUACACUACGGUCGUUACGCUUAUAAAAUUGCCUUUAUAUAGCGUAGGAUCUCAAGCACAGACAUUAAAAAAAAAAAAAAAAAUAAUUAAAACAAUUAACAUGGAAUUGAUCAAAUUGUCUACAAUGUGCUGUUGACGCCAAAUGACCCAUGACAUCUUAACACACAUACACUCUAUAGUCUUAAAAA